GCCGAUAUUGAUAUCUCGUCUGGUCACGUGUUAUAUAGGUCACGUGAUGUCUUUACCCAAAUCCCUUGUUUCCACUGGUCCCCCAUCACGAAUCUGCGUACGAAUAAUUGUAGUAUAAAGAUACUGGGAGAGCUAUCGCCUGUUAUGUUAGUGACCACUAUUCUGUUCUGUAAGGCCGUAGAUACUUGUAGUGUACCUGUUGUUGGUGUUGGCCUGGCAGGAUGACACUAACCGUGCUCGGUAAGCGAAAUCCCACACAAACUGACCGCCGAGCCCUAGCCGACCCUCAUUUGGGCCUCUCAGCCAUUUCCUCAGACGUUGGAUAACCUCACCCGCCAACUCACAUCCGUCUUUCAGUCGCGACGAAACUGUCAAGAUGGCCAAGUCAAAGAACGCCUCCCAGCACCACAACAGCCAGAAGGCUCACCGUAACGGUAUCAAGAAGCCUAAGACCAACCGUUACCCCUCUCUCCGUGGUGUCGACGCCAAGUUCCGCCGCAACCACAGACACGCUCUUCACGGUACCGCUAAGGCUCUGAAGGAGCGCAAGGAGGGCAAGCGCGAGGUCGCAUAAGUCAUCUAAUAUAGACCAAAAUGAAAGCGAUUUGAGCUGGUGAUUGUUUUGCAUUUCUUCACGUGCAAUGAACACUCAACCUUCCCCCCCAAGAACGUCUGUCGAACGAGCCGGUUGUCAAAUAAACCAAAUGGAUUCGAUUUCGUGACGCUUCUCUUUGCUUCCACCUUCUCUGUUGUUCCUGCUUUACAUUGCGAUGGACGUAAUGACCCGUUCGAUUCGGAUGUAGUCGAGACCCGAUUCCACUACAGGCAUAUGUGUGUACAGCGUCGUGCUUAUAUCUAAUGCGCGCUUGCUGAAGGAUUAUUCUAACGUGCCGAGAAAAGAUCCCAUGCCCUCCUAUUACCAAACACCUUUUCUCUUUCUCUCCCGUGGCGAAGAGGUGCAUGGACGGAGGGCUACAUCCCCGUAGACUAGGAUAGGUGUAAACUGCAAUGAUAUAUCCCUCAAUUCUGAACAUGUUUGCC